AUGUCGGGCGCGCUGGUGCGACCCCUGCUUUUGGCAGGAUGUCUUCAUGGAGUCUUUGCCGAAUGCAACGUCUACCUGGAGACUGAAACCAUGGCGGGCCCGGAAGAAUGCACCAACGACGGGCUAGCUGACAUCACAAACCCAGAGGAGAAAGCCAUGGCAGCGUGCCUUCAUGAGUGUUGGGCCAGCUACGUCAUCACGUCGCAGCCGGCUAAUGGAACCAAUGCGGCGAAGGCGAUGCCAGAACGGUCCAGCUGCUCAAUUACGACCACCGUCCCAAUACAGUGCAACCCGAUUGAGCUUUCCUGCACCAAGCCCUUCAGCGAGUUCCCAAAUGCCUGCAGUGGCAAAUUGCCGUUUUUUUCCAUCGGGCCCAUCGAGCAGGACUUCUAUUUGGCCUUCUAUGCCUACAGCCAGGAGCUGGGGGGUGGCAAGUUUGAGAAGCUCUUGGCCACACGGCGAAUUCUUGACAAGAACACUACCUGUUCUGCAAACUACCAAGUUAGGAAGGCGCACGGUGACAACUGUUUUGGCCUCACCACCAUCAGCGAAACAACGGGCCCUGCGGUUGCUCCGCCUCUGCCACCAGCAAUCGACGACAUGCCAGACUCCUGGCCGAAAUUUCCUCCAGUUUUCCCGCAGCAGCCAACAACGACCGCUGCACCCACGGACGACGGUGCCUUUCGGCACUUUAUGAGGGUUCUUCCCUGGAUUGCAGGGCCUCUUGCACUCCUUUGUGCGAUAGGGGGUGGGCUGCUCCUUCGGCGUGCUAGGCAAACCGAAGAGCGGAGGGCUCUGAGGUCAGGGAGGUCGGAAACUUCCUCCGUCGAGAUUCCAUCCGUCAAUUCCCUGAGUCGCGCCUGA